UUUCACCAUCCCGAAAAAGAACUUUCUAGAUCGCAUCGUCGGUGAAGAAGAUAUUCCUAUCAAAGCGAUCAGUAGUUUAUAUGGCUUUAAUGAUUCCCCUAAGGUCGUGGACGAUAACAUUGAUGGAAGCACAAUUUGUCACAAGGGAAUAUGUAGGAUUUGUGAAAAUAACCAUAUUCAAACAGUGUGUGUAAUUGCAAAGGCCCUACACAACGCGAUGGAGGUGGAGCUACUUUCGAACAGAUAUGUAAUUGUCGAGGGAAAGAUAACAAACAAUACGGAUGUCUCCUUCUGUAAGAAGUACCCUGGAGUCUCGACUUUUUGCAUUGUUGCAAGGAACAUCAAUGUGAAAGCUAUGUCAGCCUGCGUCAACCUGACAGUUGAGCUAAAAGACAAAACAGUCAACGCACGAUGGGGCUGUUUCAAAAUACCAAACAAAGUCGACGAAAUGCAAACGUAUGGCGCCCUCGACUCAGACGACAUAAAUGUGGAAACGGAUUAUAUGGACUCAGAGAACAUCGACGCACUAGCGGAUUCGUCCGGCUCCGACAAGGAGGAUGUCGAGGCUGAUACUCUCGAGUUAGACGUGUUCAGUCCGUUUGGAGCAGAGAAAAUUGUCCCUUCAACAAGACUUCAGAAAGCGAUGCUGACCUUUUUGAAAAGUCUGCAGCAGCAAACGGCACUGUAGGGAAGACGUAUUAUUAUGAACGUCAAGUUUGAUUUAUAAAAUCAAACCAAGACUCUAGACAGCUGUAUUUAUACUUUGUUGUUUUUGUUCUCCCUUUAGACCUUUUCAAAAGUGUAGUCGUUAGCUUGCAAUCACUCUGGUUGUCAAUUAAGGUUUACUUUUAACGUCCUUUUUGAUAUUAUUCGUUCAUACCGAUACUCAAGACUGCUGUGUGUAUACUUUUGUUUUAUAUUAGGUUUCCUAUAACACCUUUUUCAACAAUGUAGUCGUCUGCUACCAAUCAUUCUGAUAGUCAAUGAGUGUUUACGAUGAAUGUCCAGUCUGACAUUGUUAAAUGCCUCUGAUAUUGGAGCUUCCCGUGUGUAUACUAUUAUUAUAUGUUGUGUUUCCUAUAAGGUAUUCUUAAAAAUGCACUUGACUAAGGGGAAAUAAUUUUGACAGCCUAUGAAUGCUUUAUUUGUUAAUCGUACUUUAAUGAAUUUCGAGUGUUCUUAUAUAUUGUAUGACCUGUAAUAUCUGUUGGAUUUUUUGAGAUCUUAUAAUGUAAAUAAUAAAAUAAACACAAUCAAACUCU